UCGAGCCAUCGGGGCUUGCACCUUACUUUUUCACACAGAGCUCUGGAAAUCAUGCUUGCAAAGUGCGAAAACAUCCGGGAUGCUGUGAAGUCUCUUAUUACCGGUUUCUGGAUCACUUUUAGCGUCUGUUCUGUAGGUGUUCACGGCCAGGAGGGUAAUGGCUGUGGACAUUCCCUGCUGGGCACAGAGUCUGGCACAUUGGCCUCUCAGAACUAUCCAGGCACCUACCCCAGUAACACCUGGUGUACGUGGAGGCUUCGCGUGCCAGAGGGGCGAACGCUGCGACUGCUGUUUGGGGAUUUUGACAUUGAGAGCAGUCCAGGCUGCAGGAAUGGCUCUCUUGUGAUCACCGACAAGAGCGGAGAGCCCAGUCUGGGUCCAGUGUGUGGGAAGCUUGAUGCAUCACAGAAGAAUGUGACACUUAAAAGCAAUGAAGUGACGAUAACCUUCAAGUCCGGCCCACACCGCUCCGGGCGAGGGUUUCUACUGUCUUAUGCCACAGAACAGUAUCCAGAACUCAUUUCCUGUUUACAGCGAGGAUCUCAUUCUAGCUCGCUGCUUUUGAGUGUUUACUGCCCUGCUGGAUGUAAGAAUAUCACAGGGGAUGUUUGGGGAAACUCUGAACAGGGUUACAGAGACACCUCAGUCCUGUGCAAGACUGCAGUCCAUGCUGGAGUUGCAUCUGACAGUGUUGGAGGUCGUGUCACUGUGAACCGUGGGAGAAGUCUUACACUCUAUGAAUCCACCUUCGCCAAUGGAAUCCUUUCAAAAAUGGGAUCACUAUCUGAAAAGAAGUUGCUCUUCAGUCAAGAGUGCAACAACAUCCUGAGAGUUUCUGGUUUAAACGCCUCAUCUUUCUGGGAUAAAAACAGUCAAGAGGACAGAAUGUUCUGGUCUUCCACAAACAUGGUUUCUAGCCAUGACUUCCUACCCUGGGCAGCAGACGAUAAUGAUCCAAACCCGUGGGUGGAGCUGGGGCUGAGUGAUAGAAGCACCAUCACAGGAAUAAUAACAAUGGGAUCAAACGAGCACUACAUAGAAUCCUACAGUCUUUUUUUCAGCAAGGACAGGAAAACCUGGAAGCUUUACAAAGGUGCUCUCAGCAAAGAAAAAAAGGUGUUUCAGGCCUAUACUGAUGGCCACCACAGGGUCCUCAACAGCUUUUUCCCUCCUGUGGUUGCUCGGUUUGUCCGUCUACAGCCACUGAGCUGGCAUGGACGAGCUUCAGCUCAGGUGCAAGUCCUGGGCUGUCCUGUUGCCAAGGUCACACCAAGGUCACGCCCUGAAUCUCCAUCCAUCAAAGUUAACAUGGGUACGCCACGGCCCAGCCCUAAUCCUACCACCACAGAUGGCCCGGUAUUAGUGGAGACAAGACUAAGCUCCAGUCAGCCGGUAAUAGUGGCAGUGGCAGUGGUUCUGGGGCUGAUAAUGUGCGGCAGUUGUUUGUUGGCUGGAGUCUGGUGGAAGCGAAGGAAAAAGGAUUCCCAGAUGAAGUACUCCUUACCCUCAAUAGGUUGUCAGAGUUUCCAGGCUAAGAGUCUCUCCUGCCCACAAUCAGAGCUCAUCUCUUUACCUCUGGAGAGAAAUGUCCAUGAUGCUCUACCUAGCCCUCCUCUUAAUGACUAUGCAGAGCCUGCUGUUGCAGCUAUUGGACAGAAGAUUGGGUCAACAUUCAGACCUUCCUCAGAUGAGGGCUACACCACCCCCUUCACCUUCAACCAUUAUGACACUCCUGGAAACCUGCCAGAGUACGCCGAGCCUCUUCCCCCAGAGCCCGAGUACGCCACACCAUUCAGUGAGCAGCUCUCCGAGUUCAACCUACCAACUCACAGCCAUACACACGGACCUCCGACACCAGCACCUAACACUGGGACCAGAACAACUUCCAGCCACACUCAGUAUGACUGCCCCUCACACAGGAUGCUGUCCAAUGGCUACUGCACUCCUGCUCUACAUAUCAAUGGCCCACGGCCGGUCAGUGCGGUCUACGCUGAGCCUAAGUCAUGUGACUCUUUACUACAGAAGCACACAUACGAGGAGCCUUUGUGAGCUCACACGCGGAGAGAAAAGACUCUCCUGAGCUAAAAUGUGAGGUGAUCUCAAGUGGACGCUAAGAUGGACAGUGUUGUCCAGAGACUACUAAUGCUGACGGAGCAGAACGUCCAGUGAGUGAUGUACUCAAAGUUGAGAAGUCGCUUUGGAACACGAUGCAGAAACGAGGGUUCACAACUCAGAGUGCACAAUGAUCUGAGAGCCAUACGCACACACAUAUUUCCUUCCUGGAAGUAAGUAGUUGAACAGCGGAAGUGUCCCGUGAUGCACAAAGAAAAUGCAGGUUCAGUCGUGUCUCAGUGA